UAUGCCACACGAAACUGGUCUUGAAUUUGGAAAAUUGGGCUCCCAAAUUGUCGUAUUUUUACUUUUAAUAUAAAUGUGGAAAUGGGGAACACGAGACGCGGAACCGGUCGAUCCCCCCCAAUCUUCGACGAAAACUCCCGGUCGAUUAGCAAAGAAGCCGGCUGAGCAGCCAGGAGGACAUCCGGGCACAGGUCCUGUUCGCCAAAAUGUCAGCAACGUGGGCCUCUACAAGGCGACCUUGUACAGCAACAUAGGGUCCUUCUUCUUCGGCAUAGCAGUGGGCUGGUCAGGAACCGCGGAGAGGUGUGUGAUGGAGAGGCACGCCUACGGCUUUCAACCCACGCCGUUGCAGUGGAACGGAGUUUGCAUCCUGCUGACUCUCGGAGCGGCCCUUUGGUGCCUGCCCAUGGGAAUGAUGGUGCGGUUCUGCGGCUGCAGGCGUACCAUCCUCAUCCAGCUGCUGCCGAAUGUCCUGGGCUGGCUCCUCACGGUCUUCGCCCAAAGUGUUCCGAUGCUCUGUGCCGGCCGCUUUUUCCUGGGAAUGUGCGGCGGUGCCCAUUGCGUGGUGGUGCCCAUCUACAACGCCGAAAUCAGCACCACCAAGAAGCGCGGCGCCAUGGGCGUCAUAUUCGAAGGGGCCUGCAUUUGUGGGGUGAUCUACAGCUUCGCGAUGUCGCUUUUCCUCGAGCUGCGGAUCAUUAACUUUGUGAAUCUGGGCCUGCUGGCACUGGGGCCACUGCAGAUUCUCAUGCCGGAGUCGCCGGCGUACUAUGUGGACCAUGACAACAUCCCCCGGGCGGAGGACUCCCUGCGCUUCCUGCGGGGCCAGCAGUACGACACCAGGAGGGAGAUCGACCAUCUGACGCGGGAUCCCACAGACAGUGAGCGGGAAGUGCGCCAAGGACCGCUGCUGGGCUUCACGUACAAGAAGGUACGACGAAGUCUGGCGCGUUCCUUGGCGGUCUCCAUGCUCCAAAAGCUGUGUGGUGCCCUGGUCUUCAUCUUCUAUGGCCUCAACAUGCUGGACUGCCUGAAGAUUGCUCGAGAAUUUGGAUUAAUCUUGUGCCUGGGAGUGGUUCUAGGUUUCCUCGCUUGCUUUUUUCUCGUAGAUCGUUUGGGCCGACGCCCACUGCUGAUCUUCUCCUCGGCCGGAAUCGUUUUUGUGUCCAUCUUCCUGGGACUGUACUUCAAGGUGUGGAUGACGAUGGACUUGACCGCCAUGUCCUGGAUCGCCCUCUUCUGCAUAGCUCUCUUCGUGGGCUGCUACACCGCCGGAGUGGGUUCGCUCACCUGGGUGCUCACGGCGGAGCUCCUCGUGAGACCCAUGCGACCCUUGGGCUGUUCGAUAGUCUGCGCCUCCAACUGGCUGACCGCCUUCUUCGUCAUCUGCUGGUUCGGCAGCCACGACGUCAAGUGCCAGCCGUACCUGUUCCUGCUGUUCGCCAUAAUCGCGUCGCUCAUCCUGCUCAUCGCCCUGAUCUACAUCCCGGAGACCAAGAACCUGUCCUCGGCCAAGAUCCAGCAAAGGCUGGGAGGGUUCAUGAACCGGCCCACAGUGAUCACAUUCACGUCCAGCAGCGACUCCUCGAACGCGUAGUUCUUGAGAUGUCAAAUAAAUCAACGUGUGCCUUGCAAAUGGUCAAGAAUUCAGUAAUCAAGGCAAAUAAAAAUUAAAUUAAAUGUAA